UGUUACAGCUUCAAAGAUCUUAGCUUGUACGGUGGCAACUUUCUGCUUUCUCUUACACAACAUACUUGAAGACAGACAUGAAAAUAUUUAUAUUUCUUAUCUUUAUUGGUUCGAUCACGAUUUCACACGGGUUAUGGUGGCCUAUUUUAAGCGAGGAUGAAGCUGUACACAACUGUACUGAUGACCAAUUUCCAUGUAAAAACAACCAAUGUAUAAAUAAAGUGUGGGUAUGCGAUAAUUAUGAAGAUUGUCCAGAGGGUGAAGACGAAAAAGACUGUACACGUGAAGUAUGUCCUGUUAAAUGGUUUAACUGUGAUAAUGGACGAUGUAUUGAUCCUGAUUUUAAUUGUGAUGGUGUUGAUCAGUGUAGUGACGGAUCAGAUGAACAAUCAUGUUCUGAUCAAGACUUAAAGACAUGUGUCCACAGUUCAUUUAAAUGUGCGAAGGAUGAUGCCUGUAUACCCAGUGACUUUGUUUGUGAUGGAUCUGAAGAUUGUUUGGAUGGUUCUGAUGAAAAGAAUUGUGGUGUUACAAAGUGUGAACGAGACCAAUUUCUGUGUGUAAAUACAACUUUAUGUAUUGCGAGAUAUCAGGUUUGUGAUGAUGUACCGGAUUGUGCUGAUGGAUCGGAUGAAAAUAGAAUUAUGUGCCAUAAUAUGACGCGAUGUGAAUCUAAACCAGGGUAUUUUAUGUGUACAAACUCUGAGAAAUGUUUAGAUGUGAGAAAAGUAUGUGAUGAUAAAAUCGAUUGUCUGGAUGAAUCAGAUGAACCCAAGAACUGCUCAUCGAUAUGUAAAGAGUUGAAAUGUGAACAAGGCUGUGCACCAGUUAAAGGUAAAGUUACCUGUGUUUGUAUGACCGGGUAUCAAUUAAAUCCAGACAAUAAAACAUGUAACGAUAUAGAUGAGUGUAAUGUUGAGAAUGAAUGGGGGAAGAAAUGUAGCCAGAAUUGUUCUAACAGUAAAGGAAGUUAUUCCUGUAAUUGUAUAGAAGGAUAUGAUCUAGAACCGGAUUAUCACACCUGUAAAGCUAAAGGUGAAGAACCAAUAUUAUUCUAUUCUACUCGAACAUCGAUUACAAGAUUAAAUCUACGUUCAAGGGAUACAUCAUUGUUCCGAUCAGAUCUUAGCGGCGUUUCCGGUAUUGCAACUGACAGCAAAUCAAAGACUGUAUUCUGGUCCAGUAAUUAUGAUAAAAAGGUCUAUAAAUCUAGAGUAGAAGGACGAGUAUUAUAUAGAAAACUAACGGUUAUCUCUGUUGGACUGGUAUCGCCCGUGGGACUAGGAUAUGAUUGGAUAGGAGAGAACCUGUAUAUAAUAGAUACUGGUAGAAGUGAGAUAAUAGUAUGUAAACCAGAUGGUGAUAGUUGUACAGUUAUUUUAUCUAAUUUAACAUCACCAACUUCUAUAGUUGUAGAUUCUCAUAAUAGGAAUCUAUAUUUUACGGAGACUGGUUCUAAAGUAAGAAUUAACAAGAGCUGGCUGGACGGUAGAAAUAAUGAACCGUUUGUUACUGUGAAACUUGGUCGACCAACAUGUCUUGUUGUCGAUUACACGGUUAAUCGAUUAUAUUGGGCCGAUACGAUAUGGAAUCGAAUCGAACGAAUUGAUUUAGAUGGAAAGAACAGACAUAUUGUCUUGGCUCACGAGGUCCACAACCCAUCUUUAUUGGUGAUAUUUGAAGAUACGAUGAUGUGGUCUGAUAGUCUUAAACAUACUGUAAUGUCUGGUAAUAAGUUUAUGAGUCGAGAUAUAAAACAUCUAGUACGGUCUGUACCUGCUACUACAGCUGCUGCUAUAUUACAUACAUCAUUACAAACACAAGGGCGACUAGGUAAUUCUUGUUUAUUAGAGAAAUGUAGUCACAUGUGUCUUCUUAGUAAUACUCAGAAGGGUUACAGUUGUGCUUGUCCCCAAGGUUACCAGUUAAUGGAGGAUCAACGAACUUGUGAACGUAAAGUAUCAACCAAGAUAUUAUUAGUUGCUCAAAAGUCCGACAUCCUACAGUUUUCCUUAGACUAUAUUGGCAGUGAACCCUUCACGACCCUGUCUACAGAUGACGAAGGGGAUUUAUUUUCGCUAGGUUAUGAUCCUAUAUCGCAUCACGUCAUACAUUCCACGUUAAACAAAUAUGAUGAACCGGUUAUUUGUCAAACAGCACUAGAAAGUAACAGAGCACGUCAUGACCAUGACGUAAUAGCCAGUGGUGAUAUCAAGAAAGUAGCAAGUUUAGCGGUAGAUUGGGUGGCUAGGAAUGUCUUCUGGGUUGAUUCUGAAAAGAAAACUCUAGAAGUAGCCAGAUUAGAUCGUAAAGUUAGGGCUGUAUUAUUAACAUCUACACAGCUACAUGAACCAAGAGCAUUGGCUUUACAUCCACAACAAGGUACAUUAUUUAUUAGUGAUUGGGGUGAGGUAGUCUGUAUCAACAAGUGUGAUAUGGAUGGUAAGAAUUGUUACCAUCUUAUAACAAGAAACCUGGGUAAUCCAAACUCAUUAACUGUAGACGAGAACACAGGGCGGUUAUAUUGGACGGAUGCUAGAUUAGGGGAGAUUGUGUCAGUAACUGUCGAUGGUGAAAAAAGAAUAACACAUACCGUAUCUACAGAAGAACCCUUGUCACUAACAAUAGCUGAUAAUAUUAUAUAUUGGUCUGAUUGGAAGACUGAUAGUAUACAUACACUUAAUCUCACUAGUAAAGAGAAGAAAUUACUUCAUAGAGGUCAGGGUAGUUUGAGAGGUCUAACUCUGGUAUAUGAUAUGAAGAUUAAACCAGUAAAGAAUCAGUGUAGUACAGACAAUGGUGGAUGUAGUCAUAUUUGUCUGGCUAAACACAGUCAACAAAAAACCUGUCGAUGUCCUAAAGAACUCAAGCUGGAUGAUGAUGGCAAAACUUGUGUCAAAGAUGGCUAUACCUGUAAAGAAGGGGAAACCAAAUGUCGUAUGACGUCAUCAUGUUUAAAACCAGAACAGAACUGUGAUGAUAAAGUUGAUUGUCCUAAUAAGAUUGAUGAACUGAACUGUGCUGCAAAAUGCAGUGGUGAUCAGUUCCGUUGUACAGAUGGUAAAUGUAUUCCUCCCCGAUGGAUGUGCGAUGGUUCUUUAGAUUGUAUAAAUGGCACAGAUGAAGUAACUACAAAUUGCGUUCCGACAGAGUGUAAUAAUCGACAGUUUCGUUGUACAGAGUAUAUGUGUAUAUUAAAAGCCUUGGUAUGUGAUCAUUAUAAGGAUUGUCCGGGUGGUGAAGAUGAAAAAAAUUGUAUGGCAAAAUGUCCACGUGAUGAUUUUCAGUGCACGGAUGGAUCGUGUAUUGAUAAAGAUGAGGAAUGUGAUGGAUCAAAAGAUUGCCAAGAUGGCUCUGAUGAAAACAUGUGCAAUGCUAACGACUGUUUAAUAAAGAAUGGUGAUUGUAGUCAUAAAUGUGAGACGUUAAAAGGAAAAGUUGUGUGUUAUUGUAGAGCUGAUUAUGAAUUAUCCUCUGAUAAUAAAACAUGUCUGGCUAAAGGUGUACGACCGUAUCUUCUUGUAGCCAAUGAUAAAGGUAUACAUAGAGUUUCAACUAAUGGUCAGACCGGACAAACAGAUUUAUUAAUAUCAACUACAAUACCAGCUAUACAUGUAGAUAUAAUCUCUAAAACUGGUGAUAUUAUCUGGUCCACUUUUCAACAUUCCAGUUCUAGAUCAUCAAUCCAUGCUACGGCAGGGAAUCAGUCACAUGUAUUGUUAGAUGUUAAUGGUUAUAUUGGUGGAUUGGCUGUUGAUUGGAUCAGUAGAACUGUAUAUUAUACCAAUUAUUUUAAUACUACUGGCGAUAUUGGUUGUUGUAAUAUAGACAAAAUUGUGUGUUCAACUCUUUCGACUCAGAAAAAUUGGGCCCCAACAUCUAUUGCUGUUUAUCCUUCAAAAGGUAAAUUGUACUGGAUUGACAAUAAUGAACAGUUAGUGUCUAGUUGGAUGGAUGGUAGUAACCGGAAGACUUUAACUAGUUCACAGAUAUAUGGUCCGGUUGGUUUAUCAAUAGAUUAUGUUAAAGAUCGGAUUUAUUGGGUUGAUAGCUUCUUUAGCUGGAUUAAGUCAGUCGAUUUAAACGGAGAUCAUAAAGCAACUAUAAGCGGUAAAUUAUUUAAAAAGCCCAGUAGUUUAGACGUGUUUGAGAGUCAUGCUUAUAUUACUGAUAGCCUUGGUAUCAGUAAAAUUGUACUAAUCACAGAAGAUCACAUUCGUAUGACUAGCAUGUCUAACGUCAUGGGAGUUAAAAUUGUUCAUCCAAUUAAACAGUCCCCAGGUCCUGAACCAUGUCGUACAGCUGUAUGUCAGUUUAUGUGUAUAUCAACACCAGCGGGAGCACAGUGUCUUUGUCCAGAUAAUUAUUCAUUAAAUAGAACUACUGGUGAUUGUUUUGAUAGCAGCGGUAUAAAGUAUAUGAAUACGGCAUCACAGCGAUCACAGAAAUCUUCUGUUGUAGUACACCAUGAUAUGCUUCCAGUUCCUGAUAAUAAAACAUGUAUAUUAAACUGUAUGAACGGUGGUUAUUGUCAACAAAACGAUCUUUUACAAAAAUGCGUGUGUUUGUCGGGUUAUAAUGGUACCUUGUGUGAAUUAAAUCUGUUAGAAAAACCAGAUAAUACUAGUAGUAUACCUGGAUCUAGUACUGGUAAAACUGCUAGUAAAUCUAAACUAUGGAUAUUGGGUGUGGUUUUAGGAGCUGUUUUGAUUAUUUGUUUUGUUAGUGGAUUGGCCUAUUAUUUACGCUCUAAAAAUAAAGAUUUAACAUUAGUCAGUAUGAUCAAAUAUCGUAAUCCUAAUUUGGGAAAAUGUGAGGAAGUAGAGGAAUUAGUAUCGGAGAUUAGUUUUAAUAAUCCCGGCUUUCAGGACUGUGAUGAUGUAACCAAUGAUCAAGAAACCGGUGAUUGGUGGCAGACAUUGAUGCAGACAUCUUCCAGAGCAUCAGUAGACUCGGCCUUCGCGUCUCGCCAUAGCAGUUUAACGAAUAGUAAUUCUAGUAACGACAGUCGAUAGACCGAGGCUAGAUUUUCCUUGAACCUUAUUUAACUAUUUGGGUUUUUCUUGCGACUGCUGUGGAGUAUGAACUUAGGUCGAGCUAAGAAAGUUGUUUGUUUUUGUUGUUCCAUUUGUUAAUAUACAGAAGCCUUUUAGCUGCGGCCUUGAAGUAAUAUGUUCGACCUUAAAGAUAUAUUUUUCAUAUUUUGUUUAUAAUGCUAUCUUCUAUUCAUUCUAAAUCAAAAACUUCCAUGACAUCAUUCCACAGUUUUGUUGUUAUUGAAAUAUUUUUUAGAGUUCUUACCUGUACCUUUCCUGUACCUUUCUUACCUGUGACUUUGAUUUUCUUACCCUGUGACUUUGUGACAUUCUUGCCUGUGACUUUGUGACUUUCUUACCUGUGACUUGACUUUGUGACUCUUAGCUGUGACUUUCUUGCCACUCUUUUACCUGUGGCUUUGACUUUCGACUUUCUAACUUAUGACUUUGACUUUCUUACUUUUGACUUUGACUUUCUUACUUUUGACUUUUACUUUCUUAUCUGUGACUUUGUGAUUUUCUUGCCUGUGACUUUGUGACUUUCUUACCUGUGACGUUUUGACUUUCUUACCUGUGACUUGACUUUGUGACUCUUAGGUGUGACUUUCUUUCCACUGUCUUACCUAUGGCUUUGACUUUCUUACCUGUGACUUUGUCUUUCGAUUUUCUUAACUGUGGCUUUGACUUUCUUACCUGUGACUUUCUUAUCCGAAUUGUUGUGUACAUCUACAAUGAAUAAUACUUUGUACAACAUAUCAUGUGUAGUGGGCGGUUAAGCAAAAAAUCGUGCACUUUGGGUUAAAAGCAUGAAACUUGGCACAUAGAUGGCAUCAACCCUACUGAUUAUUUUGGGAUGUGGAUCCACCCCAGCCGCUCCCCCUGGUGGUCGUUACGGCCAUCUUUUCCAAAAUGGCCGCCUAUCCAUUGAAAUACAUAUAACUAGGUGUGUCACAAUAAGACAUUUUUUUUACAAAUCAUUUCAGGCCAGCAAUUUCCAGAGGCGAAAUUGCUAGCUGAACACGAUUUUUGAAAAAAGAUUUAUCUAUGACGUCAUUUUCGGUUGGGGUUUGUCUGAUUUCAAAAAUGGCCGCCAAAAUUUGAAGAAAAAUGAAUUUCCAGAUAGGAUGGGUGAUUAUCACGCAAGGUAUGGCUUGUAACAUAUCCAAUAUAAGGUUUUUGUUGUAAUUGAACUGAAAAAUAAUCUCUAAAGCUAGUUUCCCCAAAUCCAAGAUGGCGGAAAUUCAAAAUGGCGGCCAAAAUAUACCCAAAAUGGCCGAUUGGUCAGAUUAAAGUCAUUUCAGUGUUUGAUUAGGUUUGUAAUAUAUACUUUAAAGGGUUUACAGUGUCACUGAACUUAAAAUUAAUCUAAAGAAAAAAAUACUUUCCAAAAUCCAAGAUGGCGGAAAUUCAAAAUGGCAACCAACAUUUAUCUAAAAUGGCCGAUUUGUCAGAUAAAAGUCAUUUCACUCUUUGAUAUGGUUUG